AUGGAGUUUCAUGAAACAAAGUCUUUUAUGGGUAGGUGUCAUGGAUCUAUCCCAGAUCCUUCUCCAGAUGCCAGAUCAGAGGAGGAGGGUGAAUUUGAGUCUGAAAAAGAAAGUGUGGAGAUGAGUAUUGGUCAGGAUUGGGGCUCAGAGAACGCUAGCCUGAUGGAACAGCCUCAGCUGGGUCAUCAGACCAGUGACAGGCUGAGGUUGAGAGAGAUGAGCUGCAGCUGCACCAAUUUGGCCAGGAGGCUCCAGACAAAUAAUUCUGGGUUAUCUUUUCUUUCAGGAGCUGGUGGCUGGUCCCCUUUGGAUUCCACCAAGGAACAAUGGCUCCAAGUUGAUUUGGGAGACAGAGUAGAGAUUACAGGCAUUGCUACUCAGGGAAGAUAUGGAAGCUCAGACUGGACCACAAGCUACAGUCUAAUGUUCAGUGAUACAGGUCGCAACUGGAAGCAGUACAGACAGGAGGACAUCAUCUGGGUCUUCCAAGGCAAUGUCAAUGCUGACAGUGUGAUGCAGCACAAAUUCCUUCACUCUGUUAAAGCUCGCUUUGUGCGCUUUCUGCCCAUGACAUGGAACCCAAAUGGAAAUAUUGGUCUGCGAGUUGAAGCUUUUGGAUGCUCGUAUAAAUCUGAUGUUGCAGAUUUUGAUGGGAGGAGUUCCCUCCUCUACAGAUUCAACCAAAAGCUGAUGAGCACCUUCAAAGACGUGGUUUCUCUGAAGUUCAAGAGCAUGCAGGGAGAUGGGGUCCUGUUUCAUGGCGAAGGACAGCAUGGAGAUUAUAUUACCCUGGAGCUGCAAAAUGGGAAACUUUCCUUGCACAUCAACCUGGGAGAUGCCAAGCUUCGUUUUGGCAACAGCCAUACCUCAGUCUCCUUGGGCAGCCUCCUGGAUGACCAACACUGGCACUCAGUUCUCAUUGAACGAUUCAAUAAGCAAGUGAAUUUCACAGUGGACAAGUACAUGCAACAUUUCCGGACUAAGGGAGAUUCUGAUGACCUGAAUAUUGAUUAUGAGCUCAGUUUUGGAGGAAUACCAGUCCCAGGAAAACCAGGAACAUUCCUGAAGAAAAAUUUCCAUGGCUGCAUUGAGAACCUAUAUUACAACGGCGUCAAUAUCAUUGACCUAGCCAAAAGACGGAAACCACAGAUCCACACAGUGGGGAAUGUGACAUUUUCCUGUUCAGAACCGCCAAUCACUCCCAUCACUUUUGAGAGCUCCAAUAGCAGUUACUUACUGUUACCCGGCACUCCUCAGAUUGAUGGCUUGUCUGUCAGCUUCCAGUUUAGAACGUGGAACAAGGAUGGUCUUCUUCUGUCAACUGAAUUGUCAGAAAAUUCUGGCUCGCUCUUGUUGUAUCUCCACCAUGGCAGACUGAUCCUCAACAUCCAAAAAGGAGCAGAGAGAUACGUGGGCAUCAGUGCAGGCAACAAUCUAUAUGACGGCUUGUGGCACUCAGUUAACAUCAAUGCCAGAAGACAUCGCAUCACCUUAACUCUUGAUAAUGAUGUAGCGUCAGCUGUUCAUGCUACCACCGUUUCCCAGAUUUAUUCAGGGCACAGCUAUUAUUUUGGAGGGUGCCCUGACAAUUUUACCGAUUCAAAAUGUUUAAAUCCCAUUAUGGCUUUUCAAGGUUGCAUAAGACUCAUCUUUAUUGAUAACCAGCCCAAGGACCUCAUUUUAGUUCAGCAAGGCUCCCUGGGGACUUACAGUGAUUUGCGCAUUGAUAUUUGUGGCAUCAAAGACAGAUGUUUACCAAACUACUGUGAACAUGGAGGAAAAUGUUCCCAAUCUUGGAAGACAUUCUUCUGUGAUUGUAAUGAAACUGGUUACACUGGAACAACCUGCCAUAACUCUAUUUAUGAGCAGUCCUGUGAAACCUAUCGACACCAGGGGAAAACAUCUGGUUUCUUCCACAUUGAUUCUGAUGCAAGUGGUCCACUUCCCCCACUUUUGGUGUACUGCAAUAUAACAGAAGACAAGAUAUGGACAGUGAUGCAGCACAAUAACACAGAAUUGACUCAUGUCCACGGAUCUGAUCCUAGGAAGCCAUACACCAUGAACUUCAGUUACAAUAGCAGCGGGGAUCAGCUGGAAGCAAUAACAAAUAACGCUGAAUAUUGUGAGCAGGAGACAAUUUACCAUUGCAAAAAGUCACGUCUGCUGAAUUCCCCAAAUGGAAUUCCAUUUGUUUGGUGGGUUGGUCGUGCCAACGAAAAACAUCCUUACUGGGGAGGAUCAAUUCCAGGAAUCCAACAAUGUGCAUGCGGUCUAGAAGAAAGCUGUGUGGAUCUGAGAUAUUUUUGUAACUGUGAUGCAGACAGAGAAGAAUGGACCAAUGACACCGGUUUCCUUUCCUUUAAAGAACAUUUACCUGUGAACCAGAUAGUCAUCACUGAUACAAACAGACCUAAUUCUGAAGCUGCCUGGAGAAUUGGUCCUCUUCGUUGCUAUGGAGAUAGACAGUUCUGGAAUGCAGCUUCUUUCAGUACCGAAGCUUCGUAUCUUCUCUUCCCCACUUUCCAUGCCGAGUUCACUGCAGACAUUUCUUUCUUCUUCAAAACAACCAAGAUGUCUGGAGUCUUUUUGGAAAAUUUGGGAAUGAAAGAUUUCAUCAGGGUUGAAAUAAGUUCUCCGAAAGACAUCACCUUCACAGUUGAUGUUGGAAAUGGCCCUGUAGAGAUUACUGUCCAAUCCCCCAUGCUCCUGAAUGACAACCAGUGGCAUUCUGUGCACGCUGAAAGGAAUCUUAGAGAAACUUCUCUUCAGGUAGACAACUUUCUGAAGAAGACUUUAGAAGCACCUGCUGAAGGACAUUUUCGAUUGCAGCUAAACAGUCAAUUAUUUGUAGGGGCAUCUGCAUCCAAACAGAAGGGUUUUAUGGGAUGUAUUCGUUCUCUUCAUCUAAAUGGACAGAAACUUGACCUUGAAGAGCGAGCCAAAGUGACUCCUGGCGUCAAACCAGGAUGCUCAGGUCAUUGCAGCAGUUAUGGUAACCUUUGCCAGAAUGGAGGUAAAUGUGUGGAAAAACCCAGUGGCUACUUGUGUGACUGCACCAAUUCACCGUAUGAAGGACCAUUCUGCAGAGAAGAAGUCUCUGCAGUGUUUGAAGCAGACACUUCUAUUACCUACACAUUUCAGGAACCUUAUCCUGUAACUAAAAAUGCAAGUUCUACAUCUUCGGCCAUUUAUGCGGGUACAUCCAUACCCAACGAAAAUGUCGCUUUUACUUUCCUCACAACAAAUGCUCCAAGCCUUCUGUUUUACCUCAAUGCUUCUUCUCAUGAGUAUCUGGCUGUUAUUUUGUCCAAGAAUGGAAGCUUGCAAGUCCGAUACAGACUGAGUAAAGACAAAUCUCUUAUUUUCACAAUUGAUUCUGGAAACUUUGCUAACAGAGAACUACACAGUGUGAAGAUAAAUAGAGAUGGAAGAGAGCUGACUAUUCAGAUUGACCAGGUUCUCAAAGUCAAGCACAACUUUUCCUCCGAGAUUGAGUUCAGAGCCAUCAAAUCACUGACCUUAGGGAAAGUGACAGAUAGUCAGGGUCUGGAUGUGGAAAUCUCCAAGGCAAACGCCUUUGGAUUCAUUGGAUGCAUGUCUUCUGUGCAGUAUAACCAUAUUGCUCCACUGAAAGCUGCCUUAAGACAUCCCAACCUAGCACCAGUGACAGUCCUGGGUUCAUUGUCUGAAUCAAACUGCAGGUCAUUGGUUGAAGUAGAUGCAAAUACAGCAACUUCAAUUUACUCUUCCUCAGAUCCAUUUGGGAAGGCCGAUGAUAAAGAACCACUCAGCAAUGCUGUCAGAAGCGAUUCAGCCUUCAUUGGAGGUGUUAUUGCAGUUGUGAUCUUCAUCAUCUUUUGCAUUGUGGCCAUUAUGAGCAGAGUCCUCUAUCGGCAUAAACAGACUCAUCGGAACAGCCAGACAAAGGAAAAAGAGUAUCCAGAACACCUUGACCGUUCUUUUAAGACUGAGGUUGACUUACAGAACCCAGUGAGCGAGUGCAAACGAGAAUAUUUUAUCUAA